CUAAAUCUAAUCGCCUCUCUUCAAAUCCUCGAGAAUUCUCCUUCAAUCUCUCUCAAGAUGCAAAUUUUCGUGAAAACCCUCACCGGCAAGACUAUCACCCUUGAGGUGGAGUCUUCUGACACCAUUGACAACGUUAAGGCCAAGAUUCAGGACAAGGAGGGAAUCCCCCCGGACCAGCAGCGUCUGAUCUUUGCUGGCAAGCAGCUUGAGGAUGGCCGAACCCUUGCUGAUUACAACAUCCAGAAGGAGUCGACCCUCCAUUUGGUGCUUCGUCUGCGUGGUGGUAUGCAGAUCUUUGUCAAGACUUUGACUGGAAAGACCAUCACCCUUGAGGUCGAGAGCUCUGACACCAUUGACAACGUCAAGGCUAAGAUUCAGGACAAGGAAGGCAUUCCCCCAGACCAGCAGAGGCUUAUCUUUGCCGGGAAGCAGCUUGAGGAUGGCCGCACCCUAGCAGACUACAAUAUCCAGAAGGAGUCUACCCUCCAUUUGGUGCUUCGUCUCCGUGGUGGUAUGCAGAUCUUCGUCAAGACCUUGACAGGAAAGACCAUCACCUUGGAGGUGGAGAGCUCUGACACCAUUGACAAUGUCAAGGCCAAGAUCCAGGACAAGGAGGGUAUCCCACCAGACCAGCAGAGGCUUAUCUUUGCCGGAAAGCAGCUUGAGGAUGGCCGUACCCUGGCAGACUACAACAUCCAGAAGGAAUCCACCCUUCAUUUGGUGCUUCGUCUCCGUGGUGGUAUGCAGAUUUUUGUCAAGACCCUUACAGGGAAGACCAUCACCCUUGAGGUGGAGAGCUCAGACACCAUUGACAAUGUGAAGGCCAAGAUUCAAGACAAGGAGGGGAUUCCACCAGACCAGCAGAGGCUUAUCUUUGCCGGCAAGCAGCUUGAGGACGGGCGUACUCUUGCAGACUACAAUAUCCAGAAGGAGUCUACCCUUCACCUUGUCCUCCGCCUUCGUGGUGGUUUCUGAAGUCUGGUGGUUUCAAGGCAGCAGCAGUAAAAAAUCCAUUGGUUUCUGUGUUUUCUAUGUUUUUCCUUUGAUGGUACUUUUAUUGCUUGCUAAGGCAAGUGUUUCAAUUUUAUGUUUUGUAUUGCCUCGGUGAUGGGGCACAUGGACAAGUUUAAUUUCCUAUGGCACUCUUAUAAAUAAAUUGGAUCUUCUGUUAAAU